AUGCCGUUGCAAUGGGCGUCGGGGCCCUCGGGCCGGGUGGGUGACCCCCCCCUCCCCGCUCCCGUUCCGUCCAGAACUGCCCUCCCCUCUCCUCCCUGCGUCGCGGGAUCCUCGUCCGGAACUGUCCUCGCCAGGGAGAGAGGGACGAAGCGAGGGAAAGAGGGAGGGCGUUCUCAACACAUCCCGUUCCCCGUGCUCGCUCGCUGCGUGUCUGGGUGUCCGCGCGGAGCCCCUCUCCUCCUCCGAGCCGCACCCACAGCCUGCGUCGCAUCCCCCGCCUUUCGCCCCCCUUUAGUCACCACCUUUGUGUGCGAAGCGAAGCACCCAUCGCCUCGGCUGCGAACGCAAGAUAGCAAAGGCCGCAGCGUGGGAGGUCGCGAGUCCAUCGCGACGACGGGGGUCACGUGGGCAGGUGCGUGGGGAUGGUUGGUGGAUUGCAUUCGGGUUUUGGACAUUACAGUUGCCGUGCGAAAGGCUUGGCGUGGGUCCUGUGUGGAGGCUGAUGAGCGAUUUGGUUGGCUGGGCGAUGUGCAGGUGAAGUGUUACAUGCAGCAGUUGUUGCGGGGGUUGGAGCAUUGCCACCGGCAGGGCGUGCUGCACCGGGACAUCAAAGGAUCGAACCUGUUGCUGGACAACAGCGGGGUGCUGAAGAUAGCAGAUUUCGGGCUGGCAACUUUCUUCAAUCCGGAUCAGAAGCAGCCUCUGACGAGUCGCGUGGUGACGUUGUGGUACCGGCCCCCUGAGCUGCUGCUGGGAGCGACGGAGUACGGCGUGGCGGUGGAUCUUUGGAGCACGGGGUGCAUACUGGCGGAGCUGCUAGCGGGGAAGCCCAUCAUGCCGGGACGAACGGAGGUGGAACAGCUGCACAAGAUUUUCAAGUUGUGCGGUUCGCCGUCGGAGGAGUAUUGGAAGAAGUCGAAGCUGCCGCACGCGACGAUAUUCAAGCCUCAGCAGCCGUACAAGCGGUGCAUUCAGGAGACGUUCAAAGAGUUUCCGGCGUCGUCGCUAGCACUGCUGGACACGCUGCUGGCGAUCGAACCGGCGGAUAGGGGCAACGCCAGUCAAGCAUUGGGCAGCGAGUUCUUCACGACGAAGCCUCUUGCGUACGAGCCGUCGAGCUUGCCGCAGUACCCGCCGAGCAAGGAGUUCGAUGCGAAGAUUCGGGACGACGAGGCCCGCAGGCAGAGAGCGCUGGGGCAGAGAGCAAGGAACACGGAGGUGAAGCGUCCGGGCACUCGGGAGCGUGUGGUAUUGGAGCGUGGAUUGGGGCAAUGA